AUGCCGUACCGGCAGGCGACACUGCGGCCAGUUGAGUUGAAGGGCCGGCGCCUGCUGCAGCUCUCGCUGCUGGACGCGCGCCAGGCAAGCGGCGGCAAUGACACGACCAAGAACCUGUCCCAGGAGGAAGCCGCCGAGCAGCUGCGCGCCCUGCUUCAGCUGCCGUGGUCCUCAGCCUCGCUGCAGUCUUCGGAGGGGUCUGGCCUGACAGUCCAGGUCUCGCGCCGCGGCCGCGCCCUCGUGCAGCGCGCCGCGCCGCCGCCGCCGCCGCCGCCGGCUGCGACGGGGCCCGGGGCGGGGGCCGGCGGGCAGGAGGGGGCCGGGCAAGCGGCGGCGGCGCGCCACGACAGGCGGAAGGCGCUGCUUAUUCCGGGCGAUGUGCCGGACCCCUUCCUACAGAAAAUUGGCCUGCAGACCUCCGACGGCCGCGACAAAUUCGUCCAGAUCAACAAGUUUGUAGAGUUGCUGGUGCACACAGGGGAGCUGGAGCGCCUCUUGGCGGAGCGCGGCGCGGCAGCACACGCCGCCCCGGACCGCUCGGCCGCCGAGGCCGACGCCGACGCCGCGCCGGUGGUCGCCGGCGAGGCCGGCGGCGGCGGCGGCGCAGUCCGGCUGCUGGACUGCGGCUGCGGCAGCGCGCACCUGACGUUCGGCGCUUACCAUUACCUGGCUAAUGUGAAGGGGGCGCGCGUCGAGCUGACGGGCGUAGACACCAACGCGGCGCUGAUGGAUCGGAGCAACAGGUACUGCCAAGACCUAGGGAUGGCGCCCGCCGCGUCGUUCGUCGCGUCCCCGAUCAGAAGCUUCCGCCCGCCGCAGCCGCCGGACAUCGUGCUCGCGCUGCACGCCUGCGACACCGCGACAGACGAGGCCCUGGCGCUGGGUGUGUCCCAGGGGGCGCGCGUCAUCAUGUCUGUCCCCUGCUGCCAAAAAGACCUCCACAGACAGUACACGCGCGCCGCGCGGGCCGCGGCCGUCGGCGGCAGCGGCAGCGGCGGGGUCCUGCCGGGGGCGCUCGGCGCAGCGGCGGGGUUCGCGCUUCCUGGGCUGCUGCCUUCAGCCGACGGCGGCAGCGCGGCCAGCGACGGCGAGGCCGGAUGGGGCGCUGGGAGCGGGGCCGAGGAGGCGCAGGAGGAGGGGGAUGAGGUGGCGGGCGCCGGCGGCGUGGGCGCUCUCUUCUCGCCGCUGCUGCGCCACGGCAUUCUGCGGCAGCGGUGGCUCGACCUUUUGACGGACGCCCUCAGGGCGCAGCUGCUGAGGGUGGCAGGGUACAGGGUCGACGUCGUCGAGUUUGUCAGCGGCGAGCACACGCCGCGCAACCUGCUCAUCCGCGCCGUCCGCCUGCGCACGCCGCCGCCGGCGCCGCAGCGGCGGCGGAUGUGGGGGGAGUACGCGGCGCUCAAGGCGGCGGUCGGGGUGACGCCCCACCUGGAGAAGUUGCUGGACAAGCAGCUGCUGCCCGAGGCGGCGGCGGCGGCAGCGGCGCCGGGGGGCGAGAAGGGCGCCCGCGGCAGGGCUCCGAGGGGGCGUCGGCGGGCGCAGCAGAAAGGAGGGGAAUGA